AAUCCCUUUACCCCUUCCCCCAUCUCUCCUCUCUCCUUAUUUCUUCUACGCCCUUUCUCCCCUCUUCUACACCAUUUUUCUCCUCUUUCCCCAUUCUGGUGGACCUUCGAGCAAAGGGUCGGCUCUUUUAGCCACCUACGUCACCCUUAAGUUCAUUUACCUUUGCAGCCCUAUGAUUCAUCCUCCCAAACUUAACUCAUUAGAGGAGUUAAAUGCAAAUCUGGAUGAAGUGGUUUUUGUUGGAGGAUCCACAUGCGGCAUGCCAUCUAUAAAAAGUAAAAUCCAACAAAGAAAGAGAAGAGAAAGAGUAAAACAACUUGUAUCAAAACAAAGCAUUCACUCUGCAAAGCAUAUUUACAGAACACUAAUUGGGAUACACCUCGACACAAUUAAGGUUUGGGCAAAAGAAACAAGUAACCAGGUCAAUUAUCAGUACCACUAGCACCGAAACUGAGCGUGCAAAGAAUACUGUGGGCUAAUCCACUUGCUGACUUGCUUGCAGUUUUAAGGAGAUUUGAGUUUAGCUCUUGUCCUUCUUGUGCCAAGGAUAUCAGCUAUAGCACCACAAAGAUGAUAACUGUUUAGAAUCAUGAUCAUUAAUGAAGGAAGGAAUUAGGUAAGUCAUCAGAAAGUACGUGCAUUGAGGUAAUAAAUUCAUUGAUGCCUAAAAAUCUUGAUGUUUGGAGUCAGCAAGAGCCCAAACCUGAAAGCACCAAGCAGGUAAGCAUAAAGGGCAAGUCCUAGUUUGGGAUUGAGGUUGCAUUUGGGGAAAAAAAUCUUGAAGAUUGUUUUUGGGGAUUGCAGUUUGGUGAAGAAGAGGCGGCCAAACAAUGACAUUAAGAACAUUAUUAUGUACUAUCUAUGUUGUUUAUCUUAAUUAUAUUAGUUGUUGUAAUAUAGUCACUUUGUAAAGUAAUAU